UAUAGUCGUGUGAUCCGGGGACUGAGAGGCCAAAAGGGGGCGGGGAAAGGAAUGAGUCUGGCUGGAUCGUUUCCUGCCGCUUCCCUCACAGCGAGCCUCUGGCCCCGGCGCACCUUUGCUACCCAGGCGACUGACCCCCAUCUGCGGCCAACCCUCCGGGUCCUUAUCGCCCGUCGAGCCCCUCACCCGAGUCAGGCCCGCCACUAGAGACCCCCGAUGGGGCCCAUGUUUCACUCCUCCUGAGGCGGGAGGGCUUGAAUGACGCUUUCUGCUGCGGGCUGAGUGUGACCUUCGAACCCUGGUCAGAGUAAUGGUGAGGGGCAGCGCGACGUUAUUUCAUUUUACAGCUUCUAGGCAUUCCACAGGUUUCCCUCCGCCUCCUCAGGGCGUUUCUUAACCCAGACAGUGGUUUCCCAGCUCCAGAAAAUGAGUUCGGAGCGGGGGCCACGUUGAGGGAGGUGAAGGGCAUUGUGGGGGCGUUACGUAAAAGUAGGACCCCCAACCGACAGCUCCUCCUUGCUCCUCGCGCUAUCUAGGCACGUGGUGCCGUGCGCGCACACUAUUGGAAGGUUCCAGGGCGGGAAACUGAACUAGCACCUUGCGCACGCCCUCGCCCUCAAGUAAUGUUUGUUUGCUUUUUCCCCAGCCACGCAUGCGUCUUCUUGUCGUGUGGCUAUUUAAUUGUGUAAACUCUUUUGCUUGGAGUAGCGCCACUUUGCGGUACGGAAGCUACAAAGCAUCGCACACUGGAGCGUCUCCCCGAAAUCUGCUUCCGCUUCCUGCUUCCGGAAAAGUGUUAAGUCUGUUUUCGUUUGGGAAGGAGAUACAGAAAUAGAAUCGAGGAAGAUUUAAAGGGCUAGGCUGAUUGUUUUUCUUAAUGGUAUGUCUUACGGGGUGGUAAAGGGGUUUGAGAGAGAGGCUGUUAUUAUUUAGUGUUGGUGAGGACGGCGCGUGGGGGUGGAACGCAGGACCUCUGGACAACCGCCUCAUGGAGUUGUCUUUGUUAACCUUUACUAAGGGGCAUGGUCUGUUAUUGCAGGGUUUCCUGUUUUUCCACAUGACUUACGGCCCUUAGGCCCUGCAGGGUCCUAGGUUGUGGGGUCAUUUUUGGGGCAGGAGGGGGUUUUUGACUCUAAGGCUACUUUUCUUCAUCCCAGCAGGCCUCUGGAGGUGGCUCUUGUCACUGCAGGGCCACCAGGGUGUUCGCUUGCUUGUUUCAUCCUUCCCUUGCCUAGUCUUAUCUUCUCAGCUCUCUGAAAAGCCAUGUCCAAACCCUCCCUCAUCACCUUCACCCCGGCCACUGACCCCAGUGACCUCUGGAAAGAUGGGCAGCAGCAGUCACAGCCUGAAGAGCUGGAGCCCACCCUGGAUGGGGCUGCAGCCCGAGCUUUCUAUGAGGCCUUGAUUGGGGAUGAGAGCAGCAGCCCUGAACCCCAGAGAGCUCGGCCUGAGCCUGCCAGUGAGAGAAAGAGGAAGAAAAGAAGAGUGAUGCGACAGGCUGCAGCAGGAGCAUCAGGAGGACAUGGACAAAGUAGAUCCCUUGAGGCCGAGGACAAGAUGACCCAGUGGAUACUGAGGGCAGCCCAGGAGGGGAACUUGGCAGAACUAAGAAGGCUGUUGGAUCCUCAGGAAGCAGGGGGAGCUGGGGGGAAUAUCAACACUCGGGAUGCCUUCUGGUGGACUCCCCUGAUGUGUGCUGCCCGAGCGGGCCAGGGGGCGGCUGUGCGCUAUCUCCUGGGCCGUGGGGCUGCCUGGGUGGGUGUCUGUGAGGUGGGUGGCAGGGAUGCUGCUCAGCUGGCCGAAGAAGCAGGCUUCCCUGAGGUGGCCCGCAUGGUCAGAGAGAGCCAUGGAGAGACGAGGAGCCCAGAGAAUCGGGCCCAUUCCCCUUCCCCCCAGUACUGUGAGACCUGUGACGCCCACUUCCAAGACUCUAACCACCGCACAUCUACUGCUCACCUGCUGUCACUGUCUCGGAAUCUCCAGCCCCCCAACCUGCCCCUUGGGGUGCCCACCUCCAGCCCAGGCUUCAAGAUGCUGCUGAGGGAGGGCUGGGAGCCUGGAAUGGGGCUGGGACCCCGGGGCGAAGGCCGCACCAAUCCCAUCCCCACUGUCCUCAAGAGGGACCAAGAAGGAUUAGGGUACAGAUCCGUGCCCCAGCCCCGAGUCACACACUUCCUGGCUCGGGAUACCCGGGCUGUGGCUGGGAGAGAGAGAGCCCCUCGGGUGAUCACACUGAGUCGGAGGGAGGAGAGGAGGCAGGAGGAGAAGGACAGGGCCUGGGAGCGGGAUCUGAGGACAUACAUGAACCUUGAGUUCUGACCUUAGCAAGAUCUGACCCUGGGCUGCUGCCAAAGUCUGAACUUGUGCCUCUGACCUGGGCACUUUGGCUUCUACUUCCUACAGUCUGCCCAGGUCCUAGACCCUUAGGUUUUCGUCAGUGGGCUCUGCCUUUGGGAGAGAGGGACUGAGAGUUGAGAAAUAAAUCAACCUUCUCCCUC